GGCUGCUAUGGCCCUUCCCGGCAUCCCCUAUGAGCGACGGCUUCUCAUCAUGGCGGACCCUAGAGAUAAGGCGCUUCAGGACUACCGCAAGAAGCUGCUAGAGCACAAGGAGAUUGACGGCCGUCUUAAGGAGCUAAGGGAACAAUUAAAAGAACUUACCAAGCAGUAUGAAAAGUCUGAAAAUGAUCUGAAGGCACUACAAAGUGUUGGACAGAUUGUAGGCGAAGUGCUUAAACAGUUAACAGAAGAAAAGUUCAUUGUUAAAGCAACAAACGGACCAAGAUAUGUAGUAGGCUGUCGUCGGCAGCUUGAUAAAAGUAAGCUGAAGCCAGGAACCAGAGUUGCUUUGGAUAUGACCACCCUAACCAUCAUGAGGUAUCUGCCGAGAGAGGUGGAUCCAUUGGUUUAUAACAUGUCUCAUGAGGAUCCUGGAAAUGUAUCUUAUUCUGAGAUUGGAGGCCUGUCAGAACAGAUUCGGGAAUUAAGAGAGGUAAUAGAAUUACCACUUACAAAUCCAGAAUUAUUCCAGCGUGUAGGAAUAAUACCUCCAAAAGGCUGUUUGCUCUAUGGACCACCAGGCACUGGGAAAACACUCUUGGCACGAGCUGUCGCCAGCCAGCUAGACUGCAACUUCCUAAAGGUUGUGUCAAGCUCUAUUGUAGACAAGUACAUUGGGGAAAGCGCACGUUUGAUUAGAGAAAUGUUUAAUUAUGCCAGGGACCACCAACCAUGCAUCAUUUUUAUGGAUGAAAUAGAUGCUAUUGGUGGUCGUCGGUUUUCUGAGGGAACAUCAGCUGACAGAGAGAUUCAGAGAACUUUAAUGGAGUUACUAAAUCAAAUGGAUGGAUUUGACACUCUGCAUAGAGUUAAAAUGAUCAUGGCUACAAACAGACCAGAUACACUGGAUCCUGCUUUGCUGCGCCCAGGAAGAUUAGAUAGAAAAAUACAUAUUGAUUUACCAAAUGAACAAGCAAGAUUAGAUAUAUUGAAAAUCCACGCUGGUCCUAUUACAAAGCAUGGUGAAAUAGAUUAUGAAGCCAUUGUAAAGCUUUCAGAUGGCUUUAAUGGAGCAGACCUGAGAAAUGUUUGUACUGAAGCAGGUAUGUUUGCAAUUCGUGCUGAUCAUGAUUUUGUAGUUCAGGAAGACUUCAUGAAAGCAGUCAGAAAAGUGGCUGACUCCAAGAAGCUAGAGUCCAAACUGGACUAUAAACCUGUGUAAUUUUCUAUAAGGUUUUUGGUGGCUGCAUGACAGACAUUGGCUUAAUGUAAAAAUAAAGUUAAGGAAAAUAAUGUACGUAUUGGCAAUGAUCUCAUUAAAAGUGAAUAAACAUGUAUAAGCAACAUAAUAAGCAAUGUAACAGUAAUUCCUUUAAAACUGGUACAGAAGAAAGUUGUAUGUUUGUUAAUGUUGCGUUUACUGCAGCAGAACUUACAAAAGACAUGCUGAAGCUUUUCGUAUUUGCUUUGUGAGCAUUUUGUACAACAUUCAAAAUGGUUGAGAUAGUAGAGGAGAGCAUUUCUUAUGACUUAUUUCAUAUCUUGUUUUCCUCGUCCUAAAAAAAAAAAGCAAUAAAGUCUGUUUUAGCUGUCCUGUAUAUAUUCCUGUCUUUUCUAAGAGCAUUUAUUCUAGACCUUUUGGAUCAGUAAGUCCAUGAUUUGAGAGCCUGGGAAACUGAAAAUUAAAAUAGGGCUUUGAAUUUUAUUUUAAAACAAUACUCAAAGAGUCUACAAAAUUGUCUUCUUGUAUAUAUCAUACAGUGUGGGUAUGGAAUGCAUACAUGCAUUUGUGUCUUCCAAGAAAUCUCUGUACCUGCUGCAGUUAGGCUAUUUGAUAGUUAAUUUUAACUUAAAGAUUAUGACUGGAAGUAAUGCUCAUAGUUAAUUUGGUUUAUGUGAAAAAGUAAUUGCCGUUUGAGGUCUGGAUCCAGGAAAGGUCUGUGUGGACAUAUAAUUUUACAUAUCCAUGAUUUCUAGAGAUGUAUUAUUUAUUUCCUAGGCUCACCAACAGAUGCUAUAACCAUCUUCCAGUAGAUACCAGGCUGAGAGUGUCUAUUCUAUGGAAUGUGAAUGUCAGAAAUGUUCAAAAUAAAAGUUCUGUUAUCUAUACACAAUUCUAAUUUCAUGUGGCAAUCAAAAGUUGUAUAAGGAAAUUGUCAAUGUCUAAAACUUGAUUAUUUAUAGUUAAAGCCUUGUUUAAAUAAAGAUACCAAACUUCAA